CGUUUGAAUAAGUAAUAUGUUAAGACAUUACGUUAUAAACAUAUAACAAGUGCAGUAUUUUUUUAAUUUCAUUAUUUCAUCUAGCAAUAAUAAGAAAAAUGCAUUUGUUGCAUCAUGUGAAUCAUGUUUAAAUUUAGAUUAAAUCAAUGUUUCCAACUUGAACCGAGUUAAAAUCAGAUCUAGGGAGAUGGAGUUACAAAAUCAUGUAAAUAUAAUAGAAAAGAAAAUGCAUCGAACACGACGAAGAUUUGAAACUAAUCUUCCUACUCCACCUCCUGAUCCUCAAGAACUUGAUGGAGAACUUGAAGAAACAUUGCCGGAAAUAGAAAACUUAUUAACUUCAGAUUAUGAUAAAUUACCUGCUUCCACUAGUACAUCAGAAGCUGUUCCGUCAAGUAUUACUGAUGCUUUUGAACAUUUGAGUAAAUUAUAUGGAUUAGUUGAUGAAAUUCUCAACCUUCGCAAUCGAAAUUCAAAACAGUUUCGUAGAAUUCGAGAAUUAGAAAAAAUUAAGACGCUGAAAAAAGCUAACUCUGAUCUAGAAAAGAGUUUAUCUAAUGGUCAAAGUAUUCAAAUCAUCAAUGAAGAUUUAGGUUUCGCAGAAUCUUUACUUGGCGCUAUGCUGUCUAGUGGUUUUGAACUUCCAAGAAGAUCUACUAAUCUCAGCAGAGCAUCCUCUUCUGCUCGAAGAAGUGGAAGUUUAUCAGCAUCUAUUGAACAACGCCGAGUUUCUUAUCCAGUUGUUAUUGAAGUACCUCGAAGAAACUCAAAUAGAGUUACUGUAUCAUCUGGUAUUAUUGAAAAAAAGAGACCGUCAUUAAUUACUGGGCAACCCAAAAUUUCUAAAUGGACUAGAGUUAAAGCAGCUUUUAAAUGGGAAAAAGCUACUUGUAAUGCCAAUGAAACCGGUGAUGCGGACUUUAUGGUGCAAUAUUUAAAAAUUCCUGACACUACUACAAUAUCUAAUGAAAUAUCUGGACCACCAACACCAGUUGGAACUAUAUCUUCAUCCUCAUCUAUUGACGAUGUAUUUCACAAGCCACAUCGACCUAGCAAUCAGUUUUUGAAAGCCGGAAUGAAGUAUGAUGAGACAUCAGAACGUCAUGACUCUGGUUCAUCUAGGCGUAGUCAAUCAUUAGAUGGAGAAAUGUUGUCAACUCCAAUUAAUUUCAAUAUAAAUUCUCGAACUGCUAAGGAAAAUUAUAUUAAAAGAAUGGACUAUCGGAUGCAUAAAACACCGUGGGGCAAGAUGAAAGACAUUAUACAGUUGAGAAGAGACAGCUUGGCGCGACAAACUAGCCGCCGAAAUGAAGAUAAUCAUUCGACUUCCAGUUUAGAUUCAACAGACAUCCAUCGACUAGAGGAAACAAAAAUUCCACGAGUUAGAAUAACAUCUGAUCCAUCAACAUCAACAACACCUUUGAAAAAAUCUAGUCAAAGUACAACAGAAUAUCCGGAUUUAGCAUCUAGAAGAUUAACGCCAACUCUGACGAUCACAGUACCUUCAAGCGAGGAGUUACGCAGUGUAUCAUCGCCUGAAUCUAUUACACCUCCAUUGCCUAGGCCUAUUUCUGAAUCUGGGAAGUCUGAUGGAUCAUCACAAAGUGGUGAAAUUUUGAAAGAUAGAAAUGGACAAAUAUCACCAAGUUUUUCAAACUCCGGAAUACUUAAAUAUAGCAUUGGAAAAUCACGAAGCAAUGUUAACAGUUCUGAAGAAUAUAAACGUCAACAAUCAUUCAAAGGUAAUUCGCUUGAGUCUUCGCCUAAAUUACCACGGAGAAAUUCCAAGUGGAAUAAAGUUAAAAGAGCAUUUUUAACCAGCGCUACAUCUGUUCCAACUAGUCCUAAUAGAGUUUCUUCAUACUUUUUCGAUGAUGGUGAAACAGCAACAGGUUACAAUGCUAGUGCCAGUGCAGAAGACUUGGAUGAUCCAUCAAACCCAACAGUACAAGCAGAAAUUCAACACAAUUAUCGUCUUCUUUACGAUAAAUUAGAUAAUGAAUUCUACAGAAAACUUGCUGAAUGGGAAAAAUUAAAAUCAUCAAGUGGUCCUCUUAAUUCAAAAGAAUUUUCAAAAAAACAAACAAGUCGAGAUAGAGAAAUUGAUAAUCUUCGUUUAUUAAAUGAAGAUCAGUUAACACCAGAAUUUAGGAAAAAGCUUGAUGAAUGGAAACGUAUGGGAAAAACUCAAGUAGCCAUGGAAGCUAGAUCCAAUAAUAAACGACGAAUUACAGAUUGGCAACUUUGGAGAUCGCACUCGAAGGUUGAAGGCAAGAUUGAUUAUCCAGGACGUGUAUCAGAAGAUUUUAUGAAGAAAAUGGAAGAAUGGAAACGAAUCAAAGCUACUGCUCGAAAGGAUGAUGAUCAUGAAGUUAAACGAUCAGAAACUGAGAGAGAUAAUAAUGAUAACAAGAACUUUGAGAUUGAAACAAAUUUCAACCAAGACAAAGAAAGUCGUGAAAAAUUAUUUAGGAAAUUUAAAAGCUGGAAAAGUCUUGAGGAUGAAGAAUUUAAACCUUUAGAAAGAGUCCUUUCUGCUAUGGAAGCUGAAAGACAAACGCGAUUGUCAAAACUACAUCGAGUUGUUGGAUCUACACCCGAAAAUACUCAAGAAAUAUUAAUUCAUACAUCAACUGGAUUUUACCGCUUUGAAGGAAUUUCCAGAAAGUUUACUAGAAAAUUAUAUGAAUGGGAAAAAAGUCAAGGAAUUUCUCCAGAAUUUUCGACAUUUAGAUUACUUGAUCCUUUACGUCACGAUAUACCUUUUGGUACACGAAAAGUAGCAUCAAAUGUUCAGAUGGAAAAUAGAUCACGAAAGAAUCUCAGUAGAUCUAAAUCAGUUGGAAGCAUUCAGAUAGAAUCAUGGAAUAGUCAGAAUGAAAAAUCUUUAGCUCGACGACCAUCAAGUUUAUCAUUGAAUGACAUGGAAAAUUUGGAUACUAGAAGUUGUAUAGUUGCUUCUUCAGUUCCAACAAUUCCUGAUGAAGAAGACACCUCAGAGGAAGUCGCUCUUGAAGAUUUUGAUUUAGAACCAGAAGUUGAGCCAGAAGCAAUGAUUGUCGAUAUCGAAGAUGUUAUAGAAGAGACUGCUAGCCCUUUAACCAAAUCUCAACCACAUCAAACUCCAGUUUAUAGUGUUGCAGGAAGUGAAACAACCAGUAUUGCUGUUCCUCUUGGAACAGUUACUACCAGACACGAAUUAUCGCCAAUAGUUCUUGUAGAACCAGAGAGAGUUCAGCCAAUGAUCUGUGAAAAAGAUGAAAUGAUAGAAAAUGAUUUCAAGCUUAUAGAAACUAAGGAUGAAAUCUUGGGGAACGAUAAAUUUUUCAGAGAAAGUCCUGAUCCACCGAGUCCGGUAAUAAUGAGUUCUGUAGCAACUACUGAAGAAAAUGUACAAUCCAGCAGUAACCCUACUGAUGAAUGGAAGAUAACACAGUUAAACUAUUCUGAAGAUGAGGAUGCUCUCACAAAAGUAGUAAUUACGGUAGCCUGUAAUUCAUGGCAGAAAAGACAAGGCCUUAAAACUCGUCGUCUUACCGACUCUCAAGUGGGAUAUAAGUGGCAAAAUAAUAUCAACAGUCUACCUGAUGAUGAAAAAGAGUCAUCUAAAAAUGAAUCAUCUUCUGCAAUUACUUCUACUACAACUAUAAAUACAGUCGAUACGAUGAAUGAAUUUAUUCAAAUCUCUAAGAGUGAAAAAAUAAAAAUUGAUGAAACAACAUUGAAUAAAAUAGUUGUUCCUACAAGCUCAGGAACACUUGCAACUGUAGAUUUAAAUCCUGAUGUAAAUCUAAUGAAAGUAAAUACAGAUAAAAAUCAGGAAGAUUUAAGUGUGAAGAAAGAAAGAAGAGAUCCUAAAAGUAUGUUGAUAAAAACAAAAAAAAUUGUCUUUUCACCCUUUAAACGUGAAAAUAAAGGUAAAAUGGAUCCAGAAAAUUUUUCGACUAAAACAGAAAAUGAAAAUAAAUCUAGCUAUUUGAACCAAUGUACAAAUGCUGAAUUAGAAAAAAAAGAAGUGGAACGAUUAUCAAUUCCACGAUCACCAAUUCCAGCAAGAAAAGAAUAUAAAAUAUCUCCACCUAAAGAUGCAGCUCCUAGUAUUAAGAUGAUGAUCAAAAAAUAUAAUGAAAAGUUGGAAAACUCUUCAGGACAUGCAACUGGAUCAACAACUAGCAGUGGGAGCAAUUCACCAAUAUGGCGAUCACCAGUUAAUGAAAGAAGAAUCAGAGAUCGGCUAGAAAAAUAUCAAGAGGAAGUACGAAAAGCUAUUGCUGGACCAAUGUACCAUAAAAAUCUACCAACAAAAAGUGCUACGGUUGAUUUUUCCUCUAAAAUAUCAUCAACUAAAGCUGAAAAUACAUUAAUUAACUCAUCACCUAGUAUCGUAAAAAGCAAAACUUCGCCACAAAUAAGUGAACAAACUGUUUCCAUCACUCAAGAUAAAAAUAAAAAUUCUUCUUCAACUUCAUUGCGAGCUAUGAUGAUUCAAAAAGCUAAAGAAGAUUUUCUUUUAGGUGUUUCUGAAAGAAUUACCAGUAGUAAUGAAUCUAAUCAAAAAGAAAUUGUGGAGAAUCAUCAGAAUAAUUACAAAAAUUUACGAGUGAGACCUAAAGAUUUACAAAAUUUAUCACGAUUAGAUUUAGUAAAGUCUGCAAGUGUUGGAAUGAUAAAUGUAGAUUCAGAUACUUUAGGAAGACUUGAUCAGUUAACAUCACGAGGAUGUGAUUCUCUGCCUAGGUCUUCAGAACAAUGGAGGGAGCAAGUUAAUAAAUGUAAUAAAGAAUCUACGAGUAAAUUUCAUCAAAUAGUAAACAAGUUUAAGCGAACAAAACAUAGAAAAUCUAAAGAAAUUGGAGAUAUGAGUACAGUUUCUGUUCUUUGCAGACAAAGUUUGUUAAUUGACAUAGUUGGGACUUCUAAAAGCUGUCCAACCACUCCAUCUCCCAAGUAUGAUAAUGAAGCUGAUCAAAAGAAUAUGAUGCGUAAAAGUAGAUAAACUAUAUAACAUUAUUUUGUAUUUUUAAUACUAAUGACUUUAUUCAAUUAUAAUAAUUCUAUUAAAAA